AUGGGAAGCAGGUGUAUGCGCUUUGGGAGAAACUUUCCUCGGAAGGUCACGGAGAAGCCGAGUGAGAAUGAACUAUGGACGCCUAAUCCAAGACUUCUCAGCGAGCGUAUCAUGGCCAGACAGCCUGGGGGCUUCAAACCUGCCACUUCCUUGAACUUACUCGCCGCUGCAUGGAUCCAGUUUCAAACUCAUGACUGGUUCUUCCACGAAACGAGCGAUGACUCUUUCGACAUUCCUCUUCCCCCAGGGGAUGACUGGCAGGGUGGAAGUAUGAAGCUGCCUCGGACCAAACCAGAUGAUAUCCUUGACACCUCCGACAUCAGGUGUCCUGGGUACAAAAAUACCCUGACAGCAUGGUGGGAUGCGUCGCAGAUCUACGGUCCGACAGAAGAAGCAACGAGAAAAUUGCGUGGGGAAACUCCAGACGGAAAAUUGACACUGGUUCCCAUCGAGGGUGGGGCGGGGUUCGUGCUGCCUCGCGACAAGUUUGGCGACGUCGAGACCGGCUUCUCAAACAACUGGUGGACUGGGAUUGAGAUGUUGCACACUUUGUUUGCGAUGGAACACAACGCCAUCUGCGACAAAUUGAGGAAAUCAUACCCCGAUUGGACAGGAGAUCAAAUCUUCGACAAGGCUCGGUUAGUCAACUCCGCGUUGAUGGCGAAGAUUCACACUAUCGAGUGGACCCCAGCGAUUCUGGCGCACCCUGCUCUUCGAAUUAGUAUGAACGCGAAUUGGUGGGGUCUUGCGGGAGAGACCUUGAACAAGCUUGUUGGUCGAAUCGCCAAAAACGAAGCCAUCAGUGGUAUUCCUGGAUCGACUGUUGACCACUUUGGUGCGCCGUACUCCCUGACAGAAGAGUUCGUGUCUGUCUACAGGAUGCACUCUCUCAUACCCGAUCAAAUUGCGUUCUUCAAUUCCGGCAGCGGCGAGCAUCAAGAGAGCGUCCCAACAGAAGAUUUGACGUUUACACAUGCUCGAAGGCCCUUCGAGGAUGGUCUAUCUUUUGCGGAUGCCUUCUACUCAUUCGGCAUAAAUUAUCCGGGAGCCAUCACCAACAAAAACUAUCCCAAUUUCCUACGAGACCUUACCACCCCCGACGGUUUGCACCGCGACAUGGGAACUGUCGACAUUCUCCGGGACCGUGAGCGCGGUGUUCCCCGCUACAAUCAGUUCCGACGACUUCUCCGUAUGUCCGUCCCGAAAACCUUUGAGGAGCUUACAGGAGGCGAUAAGGUCUUGGCAGCGGAGCUGUCCGAGCUAUACAAUGGUGAUAUCGAGCUGGUAGAUUGCUUGGUGGGCUCGCAAUGUGAGCCUCUGCCGGAGGGCUUUGGCUUCAGCGAUACUGCCUUCCGCAUCUUCAUUCUAAUGGCCAGCAGGAGGCUGAAUAGUGACCGUUUCAUUGCUGGCCAGUGGAACGAAGACACUUACACAAAGGAAGGCCUACACUGGGUUCAAUAUACGGACAUGAAAGAUGUGAUCGGACGGCAUUUCCCUGGACUGCGGGAUGUUUUGAAGAAGAGUAAGAAUGUAUUUGCUCCGUGGGAGAAGCUGUCUGAGUCGAACAACUACACUGGCGUGGAGACAAACGAGCCAAGGAAAUAG